CCAGGGGCCAAGAUGGCCGCCGCCAGGACUCCGGCGGCCUCGUUCCCGGCUGGCUCUUCUUGCCCCGAACAAAGGUGGCGGUCGGAAGUGCGCUGUGGCUGCUUCGCCUCCUUCCCGUCCUCCCUCGCCUUCUGCCUGCCGACUGGGAGCUGAGAGGAUGGCGGCGGGAACAGCAGCAGCAGCGGCAGCAGGAGGAGCAGGAGGGGCGGCCGAGGUGGAGUACGAGUCCAUCCUCUGCGUGAAGCCCGACGUCAGCGUCUACAGGAUCCCCCCGCGGGCCUCCAAUCGGGGCUACAGGGCCUCUGACUGGAAACUGGAUCAGCCAGAUUGGACAGGACGACUCCGCAUAACCUCUAAAGGCAAAGUAGCCUAUAUAAAACUAGAAGACAAAGUUUCAGGAGAGCUUUUUGCCCAAGCACCAAUAGAUCAAUAUCCUGGCAUUGCUGUGGAGACGGUGACUGAUUCCAGCCGGUACUUUGUCAUCCGGAUUCAAGAUGGCAAUGGACGAAGUGCUUUUAUCGGCAUUGGUUUUGGAGACAGAGGGGAUGCCUUUGACUUCAAUGUGUCCCUGCAGGAUCAUUUCAAGUGGGUGAAACAAGAGUCCGAAAUCUCUAAGGAAUCACAAGAGACAGACAAUCGUCCCAAGCUUGACCUCGGGUUUAAGGAAGGACAAACUAUUAAAUUAAACAUUGGGAAUAUGCCAAGCAAAAGAGGUGGGCAACCCAAGCCGCGCACAACUGGAUCGGGAGGACUAAGCCUGCUCCCGCCCCCUCCUGGGGGCAAAAUUGCAUCUCCUCCUGUUCCUCCUCCUUCCUCAACUGCCAUUUCUAAUCAUGUGACACCUCCACCAGUGUUGAAAUCCAGCACAGUAGGGGACACAGCAUCAGAUAUUCUGCUAGACUUUGACUUGCCGCAUCCUGUUUCAAAUGUGUCUGUGCCUGCUGUGGUUCCAGCCACUACAGACUUGUGGGGAGACUUCAACACUGCAUCAAGCACAGCUCCCAACCAAUCUUCCCAGCCACCCAAUUGGGUCCAGUUCUGAAGAAUCUUAGUUAAAGAAAGAAGAAUGGACCAAUGACCAAGGCUCAAGGGGAUCCACAUCAGAUGGGCGUGAGCUGAUGCCCUUAGCUCCUCCAUCAGAAUAUGAUUUUUGGACAAUCCUCCUGGUUUUUUUGUUUUGUUUUUGUUUUUAAUGUCUGCAUUUGCAUUGGUACACAUAAUUUUCUCUCAUGGAACAGGACUGCAAAUACCUUAGGGGAAAUGCCCUGUGAUAAUGUUAGAAGAAUGGGAGAGGGGAGAGUGUACCUCCUGCUUCAUAAUUGCCACUGUGGAAAGGAAAAAAAACGGAUGCUGUGUUGGUUAGGAGAAGGCUGACCAGAUUUGGGGUUUCUAGCCGAACUUGGUCCCUUUCUGUCCUCCUUUUUGGCAUGGCAGGAAUGAUCUUGGCAGGGAGCCUGCAGGCAAUAGGGAACCCUGGCAAUUAUACUUGAUCCUUGUUUUUGUGUAGUAAACAAGGAGGGAAAAGAAAAGCCAUUCCUAAAGACGUAAUCCUGAAGCUGCCUUCUCUCUCUGGGAAAGGUUGCUUUGUCAUUUUAUGUUGAUGAUGGAACUAAUUCAACUCUUCCUCAGAUGUUAUUUCCCCCUUCUUAUCGGUGCAAGGGAAGUGGUAACCAGUCUGUGUAUCAACCUUUGUAUGGUGCAGUUUGACUUAGCUCACCGUUGUUUCACUCUGAAUGCACACUACAAAUCUCCCUGAUUCCCCCACCUUUCCGGCAAUGAAGGUACUUCGCAAUUAUUUAAAACUGGAAAUGUGUAAGAAAUGUCCCUAGAACGUGUAACCCCACCCCUUGCCUUCCAUUUUCUCAUAAAACAAUAAUAGAACAGUUUGGGUUCUUCUAGAAAUCCUCUGAGGAGGUUGUGUGGAUUGGGGCACUGACUCUUGACACCAAUUUUAUGUAUAUUUUGACACUUUGGAUAUAA